UUUCGACUUUGAUAAAAGUGUACUUUGAUAAGGUGAUGUCAUUCUAAGGAUGGUUUCUGCAAUUCUAACGGCUAUCAAAUCGGUGGACUUUGUUAAGUAGACAGAUUCAAAGCUGUUUACCUUCCAUUAAAUGUAGCGUGAUCAUGUGAGGCGCUCAGCGGGUCUUUUGUGUUUGGUUGUUUGCUGUUUUUACAGUAUCGACAUGCUGUCACAAGUACAAAGUGUUUCGUGUAUACCCGCGUUCUUUAGCGUAGUCAUUUAGUAGCUGAAUUUCUCUAUUAUUUUGCUGUGUACGCUUCAGCGCUUAUUGGACAAAAGUAACAAUGCGCUUAUUCGACGUUGACGAACCGCGCGACGGAUUUUUGUCACGAAAUUCCGGUGACAUUGGCCCUUGUAUCGACAAUGCCAUUGUGGCUGCGGAGCGAGCCAUUCGGGCGCGGCUGGCGACCAUCAAAAUCCUGCGAGAAAUGGCAGGAGCGUUCGAUGAAGUAACGCGUCAGGAGAAGAUUACUACAAUUACAGGAGGCACGGUCUCAGUCAUCGGCAGUGUGCUUGGCAUUGCUGGAGGUGUCCUCACCAUUGCCACUGCGGGAGCGGCAGCCGCCCCGGCGGCAGUGGCGUAUCUUCUCUGGAGCGGAACCGGUGUUGGUCUUGCUGGAGGCAUAACAAAAGGCAUUGGUAGUUACCUCAGUACGAAGAAACAGAAGGAUCUCAUCGAAAGGCUCGAUAAAGCCGUUCACGAAGACGACGAGGCCCAUAAACGCUUGACGAAGCUACUGGAAGUCCUUUCGGCAGAUCGAUUCAGCACAACACGGUUCAUUGUCUUCAAGCAUGCCGCGAUUCCUGUCGUUACCGGAGGCAAUGCCGUUGCCUACGUUAUGGGCGGUGCGGCACUGGUGGAAAUAGUCAGCCGACUAGUGCCCUCGUUGCUGCAACAUGUGGAGGACGAAAAAGUAAAGAAGGCUUUAGGUGCAACGGUGGCGUUGCUUACGCCACUACUGAUCAAGAACUUCACUAUCACCACGCCGAAAACCGGUGCUAGCGUCGUGGACGAUAUCGCCCGCGGUGCAGUGGAUACCUUCGCUGACGGCCCGACGAAAAAACUGGCCUACAUUGCCGCUAAAAAGGCAGCAACAGCCGUUAUGAAAGAUGGCGGCGAUGAUGCAGCGCGGGCGUUAACAGCCAAAGCAGCUGUGGUACUGCAAGAAAAGGUUGCCGCCGAAGCAGUAGAAAAAGGUGCCGAAAAAGCAGUCGCUGUAACUUUACGGGCGCUGGCGGAAAAAGGCUCUGAGCUGACCACUGCAUCCGGCGCUGUAGAAGCCGCCAAGCAAGUGCUGAAAGCGGCAAAGGGUAAGGCUGCUAGAAAAGCCGCCAAAGCCGGCAUGAAGAAAGCGGUGGAGACGUUGGGUGCUAAAACAGCGGAACGGGCCACCGCCGAAUCAGCCAUUAAAGCCGCGCAGGACGCGGCGGCAGCCGCUGCCAAAGAGUUAGCCGUAAAAGCCGCCGAAGCGGCCGCAGCAAAGCAGGCGGUCGAUGCGACGGUGAAGACGGCUGCAGCAUCUGCCGCUAAGCAAGCCGCACAGAACGUAGUCAAAACUAUGGCACGAUUGUCCGGCGGUGUAACUGUGGCAUUUGGCGCGUUUUUUGUCGCAUGGGACCUGUAUUCCAUGCAUCAAGAUUGUCGUAAGGAAAGCCUUGGGGAGACGCUGAGAAAGCUAGCCAGUAGUCUGGAAAACGUUGAUGCGGGAUGACAGCUUCCGGUAUAUCGACCAAAACAAUGCGUGAAAGAGUAACCUUCUACCUGGUGAUUUUCAUUUGCGUACUUUGUUGGUUACAAAAAAAUUUCGCUAUCUCAUUCUUAAAGGGCGGAAAAUUUAGUCCUAAAGGCUAAAAAGAAUGAUUGCAGCUAAAA